AUGACGCGCCGGGCAGUGGGUUUUGCUCGUUUCUUCAAAGUGAAUUUGGUUGGUAUUCUCGGGCUGUUCGCAGUAGAAAGCAUUUGUUUUUCCUCAGCAUUUGUUGUUUCCAAGCCUUUGGCCUCUUCAGAGAGGGCUUUGCGCCAGAAUCUAGCUGCGUUAACUGCAACCCGCCUGCCUGGCAGGGUCAUUACAGCACACGACAGAGCAGCAUCCCUGGCUCCCGCUCGCAAGUCUCUACUGGUGCGUCUUCUUUCUUCAUCUAUUCAUAGGCGAGAUCUGCCGGAACUCAAGCACGCCGCUGGACGUGUCGAGGUAGCUAACGUACGUUCCGGUGCGAGCGCGGGAGCAGCAGACACCCCGCCUGUCGAGAAGAUGGAAGUAGUGCUUUCACCCGGUGAUGGCGUUGGCGGAGAGGGCCUACACUGGGCGCCCAGCAAUGCAAAUGGCGCAUUGAUCUUUAUGCAUGGCUUGGGGGACACUGCUGGAGGAUGGUCGGAUUUGCUGCAGCUGUUCGAAGCGGCCCAGAUUCACCAGAAUACGCGGCUGAUUCUGCCUACAGCCUCGACGCGUCCAGUGACGCUUAAUAUGGGAGUCCGUAUGACAGCAUGGAGCGACAUACGGGGCCUAUCACCAGAUGCGAUCGAGGACGAAGCGGGCCUGAUGGAUAGCAAGGCACGUAUUGACAAAAUAAUUGACUCUCAAAUCGAAGCAGGCAUUGAUCCUUCGCGCAUUCUUGUCGGGGGCUUCAGUCAAGGCGGUGCUGUGGCUUACUUGGUUUGUCUAACGUCUCCGCACAAGUUGGGGGGCAUUCUCGCGAUGUCUUCGUGGUGCCCGCUGGGAAAGGUGAUUGAAGUUUCCCCCCACUACGUUGAAGCUGUGCCGCGAAUUAUGCACUGUCACGGCGCUGUAGACGAUAUGGUCCGUCCGGUGUACGGACAGACCAGCGUGGAAAGCGUGCGAAACAGACUCAUUGAUGCGGGGGCUCGCCCAGAGAAGUGUCAAGAGGAUAUCACAUUCAAGCUGUACCCAGGUUUGGGCCACUUCGCCAACCAGCAAGAACUCAACGAUAUAAAAGCCUUCCUUUCGCGUACCUUCGGUUCACAAUGA